AUGGUAUUUCUCACUCGUCCUCUCUGCCGUCUGGCGUCGCGGUCCGCCGCCGCUUCUUUCUCCACUGCCCGAGCUACCCCGCCCUCCGCCCGCGUCUUGUCGCGUGGAGCGCAGGCGCUCAAGUAUAAUGUUGGAGGCAUCAGAACGCUGACGGGAAAACGUGAAAAGGUCAAGGUUCUUUUGGUGUUGUACGAUGGCAAGAAGCACGCCGAGGAGGUCCCAGAGCUGCUAGGCACAACUGAAAACGAGCUUGGCAUUCGAAAAUGGCUGGAAGAUCAAGGGCAUACUCUGGUUACCACGUCGGAUAAGGAGGGGGAGAACUCGAAGUUCGACCAGGAGCUUGUUGAUGCUGAGGUUAUCAUCACCACACCCUUCCACCCAGGUUACCUCACCGCCGAGCGUCUCGCAAAGGCAAAGAACUUGAAGAUUGCCAUCACCGCUGGUAUCGGAUCCGAUCACGUCGAUCUCAAUGCCGCCAACAAGACCAAUGGAGGUGUCACGGUCGCAGAAGUCACCGGAUCAAACGUCGUCUCCGUCGCCGAGCACGUCGUCAUGACCAUCCUCGUCCUCGUCCGAAACUUCGUCCCAGCACACGAGCAGAUCCAAAAUGGUGAGUGGGAUGUCGCUGCCGCAGCCAAGAACGAGUUCGAUCUCGAGAACAAGGUUGUCGGUACCGUCGCCGUCGGUCGUAUCGGUGAGCGUGUCCUCCGCAGAUUGAAGCCAUUCGACUGCAAGGAGCUUUUGUACUUUGAUUACCAGCCAUUGGCUCCUGAGAUUGAGAAGGAGAUUGGAUGCCGAAGAGUCGAGAACUUGGAGGAGAUGUUGGCGCAGUGUGAUGUUGUUACCAUCAACUGCCCACUUCACGAGAAGACCCGAGGAUUGUUCAACAAGGAGUUGAUCUCCAAGAUGAAGCCAGGAUCAUGGCUCGUCAACACCGCUCGCGGCGCCAUCGUCGUCAAAGAAGACGUCGCCGAAGCCCUCAAAUCCGGCCACCUCCGCGGCUACGGCGGUGACGUCUGGUUCCCACAACCCGCACCAAAAGACCACGUCCUCCGCUACGCAAAGAACCCAUUCGGCGGCGGCAACGCCAUGGUUCCUCACAUGUCCGGUACCUCUCUCGACGCGCAGAAGCGAUAUGCCGAGGGUACCAAGGCUAUUCUCCAAUCUUACCUCUCAGGCAAGCACGAUUACCGUCCUCAGGAUUUGAUUGUCAUCGAUGGGGAUUAUGCUACCAAGGCGUAUGGAGAGCGCGCGAAGAGCAGUGGGACUGCGGGAGCUAAUAAGGCUUGA